AUGUCAGGCCUCUCCUGGCAUUAUGUCUUUAAAUUCAUUAUUACAGGGGAUGCUGCCGUUGGGAAGUCUUCAUUGCUCAUCAGAUUGACCGACCAACGCUUUUUGGUCAAUCCGGACCCGACACUAGGGGUGGAGUUUGGCUCGAAGUUGAUUGAGAUACCAGAAGAAAACAAGGUUAUCAAACUACAAUGCUGGGAUACUGCGGGCACAGAGUCCUUUAGAUCCAUCACGCGUUCGUACUACCGUGGUGCAGCUGGGUGUUUGCUGGUCUAUGAUGUUACAUCACGGAGAAGUUUCACCAACGCGCGGAUGUGGCUGGCAGAUGUGAGGGAGCACGCGGACCCACAUCUAACCUGCAUCCUUGUUGGCAAUAAGGUGGACCUGUGUGAAGCUGAGGUUGCUGGUAGCGAUCCCGCUUCGCUACCGCCAUCAGCACUGAAACAGCGCGAGGUGCCCACCGAAGAGGCUCGCUUGUGGGCCCAAGAAGAGGGUCUUCUAUUCGUGGAAGCAAGCGCGAAAUCCGGACAAAACGUUGAAUUGGCGUUUGAGCAAGCGGCGAAGGAUAUUCUCCAGAAGAUUAGGAACGGUGUAUUCGACGAUAACCGAUCCCCUGGCGUCAAGCUCUCCAAACCGGCCGAUAAUAGCCUAUCCUUAGAGCCAACUAAGGCGAAGGGGAGCUGUUGUUAA